AUGACGAGCAUCACAACCACGGCGUUCUCAGACCAGGUCAUCCCAUCCCCUGCAACGGCAGCUUCUACCUCACCCUCUGGAAUAAUGAAGGUCUUCGUCAUCGCCUCCUUCGUAGCGGCCGUCUGGGCCUUCCCCCAGCCACAACUGGCUCCUGCACCUGAAGUUGGACAGUCGGCCGUUUGGCCCAUCCGGCCUUACAGCUAUGCCUACGAGAUCAGCGACCCACCAACAGGCAACUUCCAGAACAAGGCUGAGAUUAAGAACGCCAAUGGCGACGUCUUCGGAUCAUGGUCUGUCCUGAUGCCCGACAACUACAUCUACACCACCUCCUACAACGUGACCGGUCUCAGCGGUUUCCUCUACAACAUCGUCAAGACCCCCGCCAAUCCUGCCGCUGCAACAGCCCCCGUCGCUGCGUGAAAAGUCGCUGCUUCCACUGCGCCAUCUUCGAAAAUCGAGAACGCCGUAAUCGAAUGAACGCCAUCUUUCCGACCGACAAGUUCUCUCUCUCUCUCUCAUUUUAAUUCUCCGAACGACUAGUUCUUUUCUUCCCAUCGCUUUUUUUUUCAUAAUCCUUAUCACUGCAUUUACUCUCUGAGCUGUUUGUGCAUUUUUGCAUUCCUAUCUGGCUCUCCGACCUUUAAAAUUAUUCUCUCAAGGAUGAAAUAACCUGAAUAUAACUCAUCUAUGGUAAGGUUCUUUUUGGCAAUAUUCUUGGGCUCGACUUGCAUGUUCGCCCGCUCUCUCUCUCUCUCACAUCUUAUUUCUUUCUUCUGCAAAUUCUUUACCUUCUUCUAUGCAUUCCAGGUGUCGCAAAUCUUGCUUUUUUAGGAAUCAAGAGAUAACUUCAUGAAAGAAUGCUCCCUUUUAGUCUUCUUAGUCCUUAGCGUCUUGGUCAGUCUUUCUCCCUCUCAAUUACCUAGAAUCUAUUUCUACAUUCCUUCUAGAAUUUUCUGCCAUUCAUAAACGUUCUCAUGACACCUCCGGUAGGACACUAUCGUAGCAGUCAUCAAUACUACAAAGUUGACUGCUUGUGUACAGAAUACUUCUAUUGCUCUACUUCUCUUCUUUCCUACAUCUUACAGAGAAUCAUUCUAGAUAUUAUGUCCACUCUCAUUCUAAUGCAUUCUACGCCCUUCACUUACCUCUGAAUUGUUUCCAGUUGCUCUCUAGGCAAUGUCAUUCUGAGUUUCUUUCUUGUUGUGCAACUGAUUCCUCUAUUUCCUGUAGACGAUCUUUCUGCCAUUGCAUGCAUCGCUCCUUCCCUGUCAUAGGAUGCCGCUGUAUGCCCCACGGAUGCCUAAACUGUUUCUUCUUGCAUCCUAUAACUGAACUUCUUGUGCAUUCUGUAAACUCGAAUUGCUUCUACUUUGCUUCUUACAGGUCAACGUGCCUCCCUCCACUCUUGCUUUGAAUCUUUAUCUCUAAUAUGCUACACCCUACAACCUCUUACUGCAUUUUCUUUCGUUCUGUGCUUCCCUCUUGCUUUAGGGCCGAAUUCCAUAGCUGCUGCCGUUCAACUGCAUUUCUCCAUCAGAUUGGACCUCUCCUACCGGUGUGUUCUCAGGCACAAACAAUCCUUGAGCCUCUUAGCUUCCUACAAAACUACUUAGCCACCUUGGCCAUCAAACUAUCAUAUUUCGACUAUUCCUGCAUCGGGACUUCUUUUACCUCAGCUUCUCAAGAGAUGAGAAGUUCCGAUCGUUUUCACUUCCUCUCUGAUCUUCCUCACCCUCAUAUCGAUCUAAGUCAAGCCUGGGUGUGAAUAUCCAAGCGAAAAUAUUUUCACUUUAUUAGAUGAAAUAUUGUUUUAUAUUUUAUGUCUCGUGCGAAGAAGUUUCUUUGUUCUCUUGAACGAGCUGGACUGUUCUUGUUUGUGUUUUUGUUUAUCCGGAUAAACUGUUAUUUUUUUGUCCUCGCUUCACUUGUUCAGUGUGUCGUUUGAACGAAUGCUGCCUGCUAGUGUAUGAGAUACUACAGUUAUUUUGCAAUACAGAAAUAAAACUUUACUGAAA